GAGGCCAGAGCAGGAGUAACUGGACUCCAGGUGGCCGGUCGCAGUCCCGGAGCCCGAGGGGCUGGCGUCUGCGCCGGGCCCAAAGUCUAGGGAGAGAUCCUGACCGGGACGCGCUCACCAUGCCCUACCUGCUCAUCAGCACCCAGAUCCGCAUGGAGGUGGGCCCCACCAUGGUGGGCGAUGAGCACUCCGAUCCAGAACUGAUGCGGCAUCUGGGGGCCUCAAAAAGAAGUGUCCUGGGAAACAAUUUUUGUGAGUACUACGUCAAUGACCCUCCUCGAAUAGUCCUUGACAAGCUGGAGCGCAGAGGCUUCCGUGUGCUGAGCAUGACAGGGGUGGGCCAGACGUUGGUGUGGUGCCUGCACAAGGAGUGACCCUCCCACGCUGAUGAGCUGCAGUCACCCCUUCUCUGGAGUGGUUGCCAUGGGCCCCGACCCCAGGACCCUGCCUCACUCACCGCCCUGCCCAUUCUUCCCAAGUCGUCAUUUUCCUCGGCCCAGCACCACUGGGCAAUGAACGGCCUUCUCUGAAACCUGCCUCAGCCAGUGGGGGGGGCAGGGCCUCUGGGCCUGGUGCCCCCAGCUGCCCCUCCAGCUUCAGGCCUGGCACGGGCCCUGGAGGAGGCCGUGUUCUGUGGCAGGCUGAGGAGCUGGCAAGAGCCAGGCUGCCCCUGGCAGGGAGCUGGGUGCCCCUGCGGAGCAUGGCUCCAGGACUGGGCGUGUGGGUCCUGCGUAGCUAGUCCAAGCCAGUAAAGGGCUGUGAUGAGUGGCUGCU